AUGGACACACCUGAAGAAGCAGCAUAUUUUGGACAAGGAUAUACAUCUAAUGAGCUGAGGAUUGUGCUGUUGGGUAAGACUGGAGCAGGAAAGAGUGCAACAGGAAACACCAUCCUUGGCAGAAAGGCCUUUAAAGCACGAUUCUCCCCAGAGUCAGUAACCCAGAAGUGUGAAAUGCAGUUAGGAGAUUGUGGAGGCAGAAGCAUUGCUGUGAUUGACACCCCAGGUAUCUUUGACACAUCAAUGACUGAAGAGGAGUUGAAAAUGAAAAUAGAGGAAUGUGUCCGCUUAUCUGUCCCAGGACCACAUGUGUUUCUGCUGGUCAUCAGGCUGGGGAGAUACACACAGGAGGAAAGGGCCUCUGUGGAGUGGAUCAAGAGGAAUUUUGGAGUGAAGGCAGCAAAGUACACAAUGCUGCUGUUUACAGGCGGAGACGAGCUGGAAACACCGGUGGAGGAGUUUCUCUUACAAAGCAAAGGGCUUUGGAGACUCAUGUGCGACUUUGAUUUUCAUGUCUUCAACAACAAAGUGGAGACAGAGUCCAGCCAAGUUUCAGAGCUGCUGGAGAAGAUAGAGGCAAUGGUAAAGGAAAAUGGAGGACAAUGUUACACCAAUGAGAUGUACCAGGAAGCUCAGAAAAAGAUGAGGGAAGCAGAAGCCAGGCAGAGGGAGAAAGAAUGGAAGAGAGUGAAAAGAGAAGAAGAAAGAAAGAGAGACAAGAAACGGUUGAUCCAGAUCCUUCUGCCUCCACCUAUGAAGGCAACCAGAGGUAGCCCCACCCCUCGAGGGACCGUCAGCUGCAUGAUGUCGUAG